UAAAAAGUAUAUUUUAAUUACAAAUAUUCAGUUUUUAAAGAUUAAACAUACAAACAAUUAAUUAUCGACUAAUCGCUUGUAAUUUAGAAAAUAAACAAAAAAGAAGAUUAGACAAAACAUAAUAUUUAAGGAACUGGGAAGCAUGCUAGGACCCUCUGUAACAAAAUGGUUUAUUGAUAAUGAUGAGUUUGUUGGUAAAUAUCUCGUCGUAUGUCUAGUCGCUUUAGCCUAAGGUGUUUUAGCUCUCUCAGAAGUUCCUAUUAACUUCUUAUAUAAAGAUAAUUAUAAUAUGUCACCUGCAGAGGUCUCUUUUGUAGUAGGAAUAAUUGCUCUUCCAUGGGUUUUCAAACCUAUUUAUGGAAUUAUGAGUGAUUCAAUUCCAAUAUGCGGUGAAAGAAGAAAGAGCUAUAUCAUGAUAUUUUCUUUUUUAGCUUUUGUGAAUUGGAUGCUUCUAGCCUUUUAUGUUCGUGAAAAAGCAGUUGGUCUAGUCAUUUUGUUUAAUAUUUAAUUCUGCACAGCUUUUUGCAAUGUUGUUGGUGAAGCUAUGUUAGUUGAAAUUUCUCAACUCAAAAGUAAAAAAUUUAACAUGAAUGAUCAAGAGCAAUAGGCUGAAGCUUCUUAAAAUGUUUCACUGUUUUUUGGUGUGAAAAGCUUUGGUACUCUUGCAACUGCUUAUUUAGGAGGCUUUCUAUUAGAGGUUAUGGAUAAGUAUUACAUAUUUGCAAUUACUGGUAUUUUUCCCUUUUUACUAUUUGUCAGUACUUUUUAUAUGGUUGAUCAAUAGAGUACUGAAGACCUAACGGAGAGCUAACAGAAUCGUAAUCUUAGUCAAAUAUAGCUAUUUUUUAGAUUCCUUAAAAAACCCUAAAUCUACUAACCUUUAAUUUUUAUUUUCCUCUUCGCUGCUACUCCAACUAGCUCAAGCAGUAUGUUCUUUUUCUAUACUAACUAACUUGGAUUUGAACCUUAGUUUAUGGGUUCUUUGAAAUUUAUCCAUGCUGCAGGCACUCUUUUAGCAAUAUUUAUAUAUAACAAAUAUCUUAAAACUGUAGAAUUCUCGCUUUAGUUUAUUGUUUCUACUUUAUUUUGUGUUGUACUAGGACUCUCAUAAAUAUUAUUAGUAACUCGCUUAAAUGUUCAGAUGGGAAUACCUGAUAAAUUAUUUUGUUUAGGAGACUCUAUCAUCAUAUAAAUUGUUGGAGAACUCAAUAUAUUACCUUUAUUGGUUUUAGCUUGCAGAUUAUGUCCUCGUACCAUAGAAGCAACUAUGUAUGCGAUGAUUAUGAGCACUCUAAAUCUUGGAAGUCUUGUUUCUUCAUAAUUAGGAGGAGUUUUAAUUUAUCUUUUAGGUAUAACUGAAGAUAAUUUUGAUAAUUUGUGGAUACUUAUUUUAAUUGCUAACUUAACAAGUGCAGUUCCUCUUGUAGGUAUAAGCUUGAUAGAUUAAAAAGGUAAAAAGUUAAGUGACAGCGAUUUAUCAAGCAAAUCUAAUUCUGAAAUUCCUGAUAAUAUCUCUCUUCCAGACAAAGAAGAAGUAAAAAGUGAGAGGUCUUCUCUUGUUGAUCAUGAUUCAAACACUUCUACAGACUAUAAAAAUUAUGGAGCUUUAGAAUAGAACGAACCACUUUAGCAUUAAGAAAUGCUCCAUAUUUAAGAAUAAUAAAAGAAAAUCGAUGCCACAGGUAUUUGAAUAAAAUAUUACAACUAAAAUUUAUAAAAUGACAUAAUUUCACUAAUAUUAAAGACUAAACUUGAUAAUUAAAUUACUUCUUAUAUAAUGUAAUAUUUAAUAAUACAAAAUUUAUUCUCAAAUGUUUGUAAAAAUCUACUCAAAGAAUUAAUUAAAUACUGAAUAACAAUUAA